AUGAACAAAAAACAAGAAAGAAAGAGAAUUUUUAAAAAUCAGUAUGCAUUAAAAACUGAAGAAUUAUUUCAAAUGCGUCAAAAACUGCAAAUUGAGAUUCGUCGACAAGAUCGAGAAAAAUUUCUAGUCGCUCGCCGUAAUUAUCAAAAAGAUUCAAAUCCAUAUAACGAUGAAUUUAAAAAUGAAUUUUAUUCAAAGGUUCCGCGGUGUAGUAAUAUUAAACAUUUAGAUGAAAUACGUACAUCAAACACUUCAUCGGAUACUGGUCUCGGUGAAAUAAGUCCACACAACACCUCAUCAAUACCACAACAACUUUAUCAAUUGAUUGAAGGAUUGAACUCAAAUUGCGUAGAAAUACAGUUAAUCUCGCUCUCGAAAUUCAGAAAAUUGUUGAGCGGAGAACAUAUAAUUUCAGUUCAAGAAAUAAUAGAUUAUUGUGCGGUUCCUAUAUUUGUUCAAUUUUUGUUAUCAAAAAAUGUGGAUCUAAGAUAUGAGGCUGUGUGGAUUUUAUCAAAUAUUUCCACCGGAUCAACUGAACAAAUUCAAGCCGUAAUUAAUGCUGGCGUAAUUCCUAUAUUCACGGAAUUACUCAGCAAAACGACAGAUAUGAGGUUUCAGAAUCAUAUUUUAUGGGCGUUAGGUAACAUUGUCGUUGAUAAUCCUCAGUUUCGAGAGCUCGUUUUACGUGAAGGUAAUCUUGGCGCAUCAUGCCAACGUAUUCUGGAUGCUAAUGUUCAACCUUGUUUAGUAUUACGUACGAUGUCAUGGACACUUUCAUCCAUUUAUCGUGAUCAUAUUACUGAAUCAGUUUGGUCACAAAUUUCUUCAACAUUUCCUGUUCUAGCCCAACUUAUUAACUUCAAAGAUGACGAAAUUUUAUAUAAUGUUUGUUGGGCGCUAAGUUAUCUUGGCGAUAAUAACCGUAUAGAAGAUGUGAUAAAUUUAGGUGUUUCACCACACCUUGUAAAUUUGAUGAUGCACGAUAAUAAUGAGGUUCAAGCUGCUGCUUCGCAUUGCGUUCGAAACAUUGUCUCCGGCAAUGAUUCACAGCGUCAAGUAAUUAUCGAUUGUGGAAUUCUUACAGUUCUGAAAUCUUUAUUGGUUAGCACAAAAUCUUCAAUAAGAAAGGAUGCAUGCUUUAUUCUUUCUCACAUAACAACUGGUAAUAUUGAUCAAAUUGAACAUGUCAUUCAUGUUGGUUUGAUCUCAUUGGCGAUAAAUCUUAUGGCUAAUUCUGAUUUUCAAACACAAAGAGAAACUUGUUACGUUGUGUGUAAUGCAAUAAGUAGGUGUUAUAACCGGCCAGAAUUAACAACAUGCAUUGUACGACAAGGAUGUAUUCAACCAUUAGUCAACAUGCUUGGUUAUAUGGACAAUGAUAUCAUUUGUGUGGUAUUGAAAACUAUCAAUGCCAUCCUUCAACUUGAAAAAACGCUCGCGGAAGAGAAUAAUUGUAAAAAUCAAUGUAUGUUAUUGAUUGAAGAAAUAGGUGGAAUGGACAGAAUUACCGAAUUGCAAAAUCAUGAGAAUGAUGAAAUUCGGUUACUUGCAUACAAAAUUAUUGAUAAAUAUUUUGCAGAAGAGGAUGAAGGGUAUGAAUCUGAACUUAAUCAAGGUUUUGAUUUAAGCGGGCAAAAUGAGCUUUUAAAUAAGCAAUUUAAUUAUCAAAGUAGUAAUAGCAUCGAUAGUAUUGAAAUAAUUGAUGUCAAAAUUUAA